GUUAUUUCACUUGAUUUUGCGAUUUUUUAACUAGUAGGUAGGAAUCUUGGAAAAGAAUUUCUUCACUAGAGUGAAAAUCACUUUGUGUUUCUACUGACUGAAAAAUGUGUUAGGAAACCCUAUUUAUUCUCCAAUAAACUUAAAAACUUGUUUACAUUGUUUACACUACACAUCUUUUUAUAUAAGAUACAUACUUUUGGGGUUUAGCCUUGAUGUAUCCUAAAUUUCAAAAAAGGUUUUUUUGAAAUAUAUAAAGUCAGACCCUCAAUAUUUUGCGAGUUAGCAGUUGGAAGUACUUAAAACCUCAUCCCUAAGUUAAGAAACAUUGUGUUUCUUUUAAAAAAAUUUAUAGUCAAUCAUUACUGGAAUUUUAACAAUUUUUAUAGGUUUUAUUUCCAAACAUGAUAAAGAAAAUAUUAGGAAUAUGCUGACAUAUGGUUUGGAUGAUAUGGCGGGCACGAGCAGCACUGAUGAGAAGUAUCCAUAUCCCCCUGCACCAUCAAACCCAGAAUCAUCAUACGAUUAUUAUGUUCGCCGUAUUCCAACAAGUUUUCGUGAACAUCAGCAAGCUCCCCUACGCAAGCUAUCAACUGAUCUUAUAAAGACAUACAAGCAUAUCAAUGAGGUUUAUUACAACAAGAAAAAAAGACGUGCAGAUAAAGAACGUGCUGAUGGGGAAUUCCACAAGAAAGGAAAGCGUAAUGAUGGUUAUGAUGAUGAUAACUUCGAUUAUAUUAUUCGCAGUGGUGAAAAAUUCCUUGAUCGUUAUGAAAUUGAUUCUUUAAUAGGGAAAGGAUCAUUUGGUCAGGUUGUAAAAGCGUUCGAUCAUGAAGAACAAGAAUUUGUUGCCGUCAAAAUCAUCAAAAAUAAGAAAGCAUUUCUUAACCAAGCUCAAAUCGAAGUGAAAAUUCUUGAACUGAUGAAUAGUCACGACCCGCACGCGAAAUUUUAUAUAGUCAAACUAAAGAGUCACUUCAUGUGGAGAAAUCAUCUAUGUCUUGUCUUCGAAUUACUAUCUUACAAUCUUUACGACCUGCUACGAAACACAAACUUCCACGGCGUGUCGUUAAAUCUAACAAGAAAAUUUGCUCAACAAUUGUGUACAGCUCUUUGUUUCUUGGCAACGCCUGAAUUACAAGUUAUACAUUGCGAUUUAAAGCCUGAGAAUGUGUUAUUAUGUAAUCCGAAACGCAGCGCUAUUAAAAUUGUUGAUUUUGGAAGCUCUUGCCAACUUAAUCAAACGCUGUACCACUAUAUCCAAAGUCGUUUCUAUCGGUCACCAGAAGUAUUGCUUGGGUUACCGUACGAUCUGGCGAUAGAUAUAUGGUCCCUUGGUUGUAUCUUAGUCGAAAUGCACACAGGGGAACCCUUAUUUAGCGGUUCAGAUGAGAUCGAUCAAAUGAACAAAAUUGUAGAGGUGCUUGGUGUGCCUCCGAUUGAUUUGUUAGAAAAGGCGCCCAAAACGAGAAAAUACUUUGAACGCUCGUCUGAUGGCAGUUAUCAUAUAAAAAGAUAUAAAGACAGCAAGAGGGAAUACUCAGGUGCUGGAAGUAGAAAACUCCAUUCAAUAUUAGGAUGUGAUACAGGCGGGCCCGAAGGAAGGCGGAAGAAUGAAACCGGUCAUACUCCGCACGAUUAUGAGAAACUUAAAGACUUAGUACUACGAAUGCUUGACUAUGAUGCUAGGACUAGAAUAACACCAUAUCAAGCUCUCCAGCAUGUGUUUUUUAAACGUGCUUCAGAGGACAACACUGGAGCUACAAAUUCUUCCUCAUCAUCGCCUGGGUUACAAAAGAGUGAAAAAGAACUUUCUACGGAAAGCAGUCCUCAUUCGCAUCAACGAACAAACCCGGCUUCUAUUACAAGGCCGUCUUCCGACCCUACCGCCGGUUCUGGCUAUAGAUCGUCUGCUGCGAUGGACUGCGAAGGGGAUAGCCCACUACAAACAAAAUCGACAUUAAAAUUACGUCAUAAUGUGAAAAUGCAAACAGACCCUAUUUCUGCCACAAAUUGUGGUGAGACAGUACCAGAAGAGAAAAGUAUUUUACUUGAUUCUUCUGAUCAAAAAAGGACGCCUAUGCGCUCAAAAAACUCGUCAGAAAUGCUGGUGUCAAACCAACCUUUGGUAAAUACUAACACUUUCCCCACGUCUCAGCCCAUAACAUCGACGACUAGUAUAUACAAUAAGUCAGAAUACCUAAAUACACUCAACAAUUUAAGUGCGUAUAAGGAUGCUACAUAUAGCAGUUACAUUGUUCCACCACCGGACGCUGUGUUACCGUCAGGUAUGUUAAAAAGUCAAUCAACAAAGCGAGAUUAUAUGAGCAGUGAUAUAACGGAAGAUCCAAGACUAGUAGGUGUUGUUAUUCAAGGUGACGGGCGUCACUGACGUCUUUAAAUUGUUCAAGCGUAUUGGUUGGACUACAUCCUGCCGUCCGUCAAUUGAUUUUUGCUGUGCGACAUAAGGGAGUUGGUCGGAGUAACGAGACUCGUACGAGUAAUCCCUAACACUCCAAGAUAUCAAUUCAGUAAAGAAUAAAAUGAAACAGCUCAGCCACCCAGCAAUUACUUGUAGUUUCUUAGAGUAGUUUUCGCUGUAGCUGUUGUAUUACGUUGGCUGAUGAGCCUUCAAUUGUAUGACGUACGCCGUUAUAAACGUCGACCGCACUUAGUGUGACGUUAUAUGACAUUAAUUUCAAUUGGUUUUUUGUCUUGUUAUUGAAAGACGUGUGAGACGUCCAACUGACAAGAAAGGUCUUUAAAAGGCCAACCAUAAACUGUUUUAUAAAUGUACAAAAUAUAUUUUAGCAAUUUUUUUCCUGUACAGAAAAUUUUCCAUGCAAAAUAGUUAAAAAUAAA